AUGUUUUUUAUUGUUUUCAGAAAGUUAGACAGUGCACGCAGUCAAGACCGGGAAUCAAACUUGAACAGUUCACUGGAUAAGUCUACAAGCAGCAAUAACGCAACGCGGCACCCAAAGCUCACAAAAGCGAUCCAGUUCCAACCGGCCGGCGACCCCGACGACUCUACCCCCACGGACCAACGGACCAUGGACCAUAGGACCACGGACCACAGGACCACGGACCAGAGAGACAAGGGGGACAGGGACUCGAGGCGGGGGCGGCUGCAGCGAGCUCUGCGGGACCCCGUCAGCAUCGACGUCGCUGUGCGCAUAAUGAACCGCAUGGGCUGGGCGGGCGGCGCGCUGGGGCUGCGCGGGGAGGGGAUUACAGAGCCCAUCAUGCCCGCCAUCAACAUCAAAUCGGGCGCCGGCCUGGCCUACUCCCCUCCGCGCGCCGCCUCCCCCCGCCGCCGCGAGCGAGCCAGGGACUCCAGGCGAGCCAGGACACCGCUGGAGUUUAGAAAAGAUGUGUUGGAGAGUGUACUGGAGUUAUUAAGGGGAAAGGUAAGAAAAAUAGUUGAGUUUGUACCGUAGUUAGAUGGUAGACAGGUCAAUCUAGGGUCGUGAGUGUGGCAGGGACUCCAAGUGAGCCAGGACACCGCUG